CUCCCCAAGGACGCAAGUUCCCCGGGGAGCCCGGAGCCGGCGCCCGCCGCCAGACGAGGCCUGGGGGAGGACGGUGCCAUGGAGCCCCGCGGGGCGCGGCAGCACAGCUCCGAGGCCCCUGGCCCUGCGCCCUCGGAGGAGGCCCGGGCCCCCGAGGCGCUUCCCGCCGCGGAGGUCCUCGGCGCGGAGGGCGGUUCCCCGCCUUCGGGAGCUCUGCGGAGGGGUGGGGACCCGACCUCGGAGGAGGAGGCGGCCCCCUCGGGGGCGGGGGAGCCGCGGGCACGCCGCCGCCCGCGCGCGCGCUCCUUCUCUCUGCCCUCCGACCCCAUCCUGCAGGCGGCGCAGCUCCUGCAGCAGCGGCCGGGCGCGCAGGGCGGGGAGCGAGCGGGGGACGCGCCGCCCCGCCCCGGCGACUGCUGCGCCAAGUGCAAGAAGCGGGUGCAGUUCGCCGACUCGCUGGGGCUGAGCCUGGCCAGUGUGAAGCACUUCAGCGAGGCCGACGAGCCGCGCGUGCCGCCCGCCGUGCUCUCGCGCCUGCACAGCUUCCCCAUGCGAGCCGAGGACCUGGAGCAGCUCGGGGCGCUGUGGGCCCCGGCCGGCUUCGGGCGUGUGCUGCGCUGCCCGGGCCCCAGCGCCGUGACCGUGCGCUACACUUUCACCGAGUGGCGCACCUUCCUGGACGUGCCCGCCGAGCUGCAGCCCGAGCCACCGACCCCAGGCGCGCCGUCGGGGGCCCCCGGAGCCGGGUCGGGGGAUGCCGAGGAGGAGCCCGUGACCGAGCGCUUCUGCUUCUCGCUGUGCCUGCCCCCCGGCCUGCAGCCCCGGGAAGGCGAGGGCGGGCACGCGCAGGAUGUCGCGGUCCACUUCGCCGUCUGCUACCGCUGCGCGCAGGGCGAGUUCUGGGACAACAACGCGGGUGCCAACUACACGUUGCGCUACGUGAGCUCCACGGACCCGCUCUGAGCUCGGGACACCGCGGGGAGCCACUGCUCCGGGUUUGCGCAGGGACGCUGUGCUGAACGUCGUCGAUCUGGCGUGAGGGGAGCGUGGAGGAACGGAGGACACUGCCGAACUGUGAACUUGCAGCUCGGGCCAAUGCGCGUGGGCCUGGUCCCAAGUCUUCUUGUGGACCUUCCUAGCUGAAUUCUAGAACCCCCUGCCUGCCUCAGAAGAAAUCCCCAAGGGAAAAUGCCUCCCGGCUUCUGCGCUCUCAGGGGAUUUUGUUUUUAAUUCAGGUGUCAGUAUUUUCGCCUUUGCCACAGCGCCCGCUCGUGAUGCACGUACUGGGGAAGGCGCAAUGGGAGAACGCCACACCCUAUCGCCGAGAAAACUGGGAUGGGGUGGGGCACACUGUCCUUUGUUUUACCUGGGAUCUGGGCAAUGUUUGCCCAGACUCGACGCUAUUUACAUGUGCAAAUGGUGGACGAGUGUCCCCUUAAAAAGUGAAGGUCAUUUGCACACACCUGUUUGCACUGUACCUUGGCUUUGGAGCAGUUUGGGGGCCUUGGCGCUCAGGCCAUCUGCUGAUGACACCGACCACUUUAGGAAUUGUUAACGAGGCACUUACAGGGUUCCCUUCUUUGGUCUCCUGACUGGUGUGGAAGGGCGCAGAUUUCCCCACGCGGGCAGAACGUUUCUUGGGACUGCCUUUAGAAAGUGUUCUGUCCCGGCUGUGAUAGCUGCUGGGUGGGUUCGAGGGCCGAGUAACACAGGCGUGGCUGUGAGCUGCAGGGACCAGUGGCACACACUCCAGCCCUUUGUGCAGAUGAGCACCUAAUAUCCAUGCUGUGCCAUUCGCAGGCAGAAACGAUGCCAAGCGCAAGGGAUGGGGGCUUUUUGUCCCUCUCAGAGCCGCAGUCAGGCCGUGUAACUUGGCUCAUGAAGCAUGGGUCCUAAAGGCACAGGGCCAGGGCCUAGGCCUUCCCGCCCUGCUGCUGGUGGGUUUGGGUGCCCGGAUGAGGUGGCCAAGCCAGAUCCGGCAGCUGGGUAUCCUGGAAGGGACCUGAUUCCACCACACGUUGGGUAUUACUUCCUUGGGUGAUUUAUAUUUUUAAAAAUUUCCUGGUUUUCAGUAUCAUUUAUUAGUUUGGGGAUGGUGGCCUUGAAGGAGGAAGAUUUUCAUUGUUCUGAUCGAUGGGAGUUGGGGUAUAAAAGAUCAUGAGCGAAACUGGGCCCACAGCCUCUUUUGGUAGGUGGGCCCAAGCAUGGCUUGGAUAGUUGAAAAAACCCAGAAGAAGGUCCUGCUUUGCAACAUAAGAGAACUACGUGAAAUUUAGAUUUGGCAUCCUUAAAUAAACUUUUACUGGAACACAGCCAUGCACGUUUAUUUAUGUGUUUCCUACAGCCGCCCUCCUGCUACCAUGCAGAGUUCAGUAGAUGCGACAGAGACCAUAUGCAGAGUGUGAAAUAUUUACUGUCUGGCCCUGUAUGGCGUGCCCAACCCCUGCUUUGUAUUCUUAACACUGUGUUGAGAAUUGUGGUUAACAAGGCAGUUAACCUUUUAGCGGAUUUACCUCUUAAAAUAAACCUCCUCUGAGAAAAGGCAAACUGUUUACACUACUCCCAGUAAUCUUGGUUAAACACUGAGGCACCAAAAGAACAGUUAUUAUGUAUGGGAGGGGGAAACCCACCUGCUGCUUUCUUUCACUUAGAAGAUAAUAACAGUCACUGAAAUAUGGACCCGUCUCGGCAUCAAAUUU